AUGUCUACUGUCCUAACAGAUGGUGGAGAGCAUCCGAAGUACUCUGAUUGUGACAAUUUUACCCUGGAAAUUCACCAUGGAGGGUAUGUUGCAGAUGAGUUCUAUUUGGGUGGCACUGUGCACUGGAGUGACAACCAUUGCAAAGAUUAUGUGUCCAUGUUGAAUUUGUAUGAGUUGGCAGUGAAGCUUGGAUACACAAAAAAGACAAAGAGCCAAGCUUUUGUUCCAAGUGGUGCAACACAAGGCAACAAAGGUAAACAACAUGUUGUUGAACAUGUUGAUGUGGGCGGUGAAGGUUUUGUAGAUGUGGAUUUAGAGACAGAUGAUGAUGGAAAUGUAGAUGGUUUUGCAGAUGAUGAUUUGAACAAUUAUGGUGAGUCAGUUAAUGUGGAUGAGUUUGUAGAUGUUGAUGUGCAAGAUGAAGAAAAAGAUGAGGAAGAACCUGAUGUAAAAGAUUAUGUGUAUAGUGAAACUGAGUUUGAGCAAAGUGAUGAAGAAGAUGAGAGGAUUUAUGGUAGAUUUGUUGUAAAUGAAGAUGAAGAAGACCAUGGGAAAGAACUGGGUGAGGCUGACAUUGAUGAUUUGAGAAGUGUUCAUGAUUCUAAGGAUGAGGAAAAUACUGUAGAUAGCACACAUGUGGGAGAGAGGAAAGAAGCAGAUUUGCCAUUUCUACUUGGAAGCAUUAUUUCAUUGAUGUUACUAAGGACUAGAUCUAUAAAGCAAAGCAAAUGGCUUAAGAGAAGAUUCAAGGGUCAAUUGAAGAACAAUAUGCAAAGCUAUGAGACUAUUGAGAGGAGAUUAAGAAACAAAAUCCAAGUAGCAUAG